AUGGCGACUCCUUCGGCCAAACCUGGCACCACACCCACCCAUCUCACCUCCUCUCCGCACCCGUCCUCGGCGCCUCUCUCUCGGUCUUUUGCUCAUAAAUCACCAUCCACGAGAACACCUUCUGCAUCAGGGCAUGGCCAUGUACCCCAGGCCAACACCUCGCACCAAUAUGCCACACCACUCGCUGCAACAAGUGGUGUCGACGACCCGGUCAAUUUCAGCUCGCCUUCGGCAUUGCUCGCUCUGGGCGGCUAUACUGGGAUUAGCCCUUCUCCUGCGGUCCACGACGGGCUUGUCGGUGCGGGCAUGAACGAAAACGACAUCCAGAACUUGGGCAUGCAGGGCCUCAAGCUGGGCGUUGCGCGGGAUAGCGACGAGGAGCAAAAACACCGCAUCCAGGAAGUGGUCCAGUGUCUUCGCGCACGGGUUGCUGGCAGAGGCGUGUCCCGGGAGGGAAUCGAACGACUCAGCCGACUCGAAGGGUUCGAAUCGAUCUGGCAGGAAGACAACAUCAACAUUGCGGGGAAUUUUGUUGAUCUGGAGAUCGAAUUCCACGCCGGGCAUGAUGUUGUCAAGGAUGUCAGCCUACGAUAUGCGACUCCUGAAUUUACAGAGGGCGAGCGUCGGGAAGAAGCAACGGCGGUCUUGAAGCGCAACCUGGCCCAGUUCCCGCAGGAUGCCGAGCAUGGCAAAUGGAGAUCUCUUCAAGGCUUUUACGAAAACCUGCAGUGGCUUGCAAAGCUUGAUAAGCUCAGCCAAGAAGUCAAUUGCUUUGAAGCGCUGGAAGGUCUAGAGGAGAAUUUCCAGCGCAUUUGGACGGAAGAAGGGAAGAAUGGAAAGCACGGCGGUGUUUAUGAACACCUUUGCACGGGUGUCAUCGGUCGACCCAGUAUGCACAAGGGUACGCGGAUCGGACUUGGCCUAGAGUAUUGGAUUGAGCAAGCCAAGAUCCUAGAUGCAAAGCAAGAACAACCUUCCCCCGAUGCUAUGAUGAUUGAUCAGGCACAAUCACAAGUUGCAGAAGAGGUGGAUGACCAGCAUCGAGUGUGGAGCGUUAUGCUCGAAUGUGAAGAGGGAUACCCCUCGCUCCGCAUUUCCAAAGAAUGGGUAGGCAAUGAAGCCUUCGCCGCGGAUAACAACGAGUCAUCGCCCUCAACAAGUGCAUCGGGAUCCGUGAAUUGGCUUGAUCCUCCCCAGACCAUGCGGCUGAGCCAUGGUAACCACCCUGAUCCUAUGGCUCUCGACUCGAGCAUGUUAGAGUCAUCCUCUCCUAAUCGUCGCUUCGUUGCCAAGCUUGAGCCUGCCCUAGACGUUCCCAUUCUCGCAGCCUCGGAGAUUUAUCGGCAUAUAGGCAUGCAGUUGCCGCAGGAAUUCAAAAUGGUCACAUACGAGGGGUUGCUGGUGUCGGAAUCAUCGCCAUUGCUGUCCCCAGAGGCAUCGCCCCAACUUGGUCGGAGGAAGCGCCGGAUGUCAGUGCAUGCGUUUGACCCGAAAGGCGAGCCAUAUACGAAGCAUCACCACUACGACUUUCAAGCGUUCGAGUCUGUCACUGGCCGCACAAUCCGCGAUCUCCCAAUCUCACACCCUCGACAGCUCGCAGAUAUUCUUCCAAUCCUCCGCCAAUAUGCUCUUUUGGCCAGUUUAAUCCGGAAGAUCUUCCUACCUCCAGCGAAGGCUGAAGAUAACAAACAGAAGCCUGCUCAAGCAACCCCCGCGAGCUCUCUUGCUUCGCCCAGUCAGGCUUCCGGCGGUUUUGGUGACCAAGACGGCCUAGUUAUUUUGAGCAACGAUAACCCCAACGAAGACCAACUGGAUAUUUUCCUGAAUGAAACAUUCGAGCCCAGUAUUAUCGAAAAUACCACGGAUGACGUGAAAGUGGACGUGACAUUGCGCAGUCAACUCGGACAGCCACCUGCUCUGAUGCUAUUUAUCACGCCCCCAGAUCACAAAUCCGAAGGCACCUCAUCUGAUAAUUCGAUGUCUGAGCCCAGAGAGAUCUCGAUAUGCUUUGAGAUUGGAUUGAAUGGUCGCAUCUCGGUGGCGAGAACUACAGGGCUGUUUGGCGAUGACACUGGGGACAGCGGCGACACGGAGAUGCAGAGGAUGGAUAACUCUAGCCCGAGCGUGCAGGACUCCCAGAAGAAGAUCGCUCGGGUCCUGGAGGUGUCGCAGGACUUGGGUGUCGUGGUCGAGUGGGUCCUUCGCUUGCUGCGACAGCAGACUGGCAGUGGGUGA